UAAGAGACAGUGAGGCGGGCGGAAACCGGUCUCAUUGAACGCGGAGGCAGCUUUCGGGGGGAAUUCGUGCGGUCUCGUCGCUAGCGCAGCACAGGCCUACACGCCAGCAACCAUGUCUAAGGGACCUGCAGUCGGCAUCGAUCUUGGCACCACCUACUCCUGUGUGGGUGUCUUCCAGCAUGGGAAGGUGGAGAUAAUUGCCAAUGACCAGGGAAACCGAACCACACCAAGCUACGUUGCUUUCACUGACACAGAACGGCUAAUUGGGGAUGCCGCGAAGAAUCAGGUUGCAAUGAACCCCACCAACACAGUUUUUGAUGCCAAACGUUUGAUCGGACGUAGGUUUGAUGAUGCUGUUGUUCAGUCUGAUAUGAAGCACUGGCCUUUCAUGGUGGUGAAUGAUGCAGGCAGGCCCAAGGUCCAAGUAGAAUACAAAGGAGAGACAAAAAGUUUCUACCCAGAGGAGGUGUCCUCUAUGGUUCUGACGAAGAUGAAGGAAAUUGCAGAAGCCUAUCUAGGGAAGACUGUCACCAAUGCUGUGGUCACUGUGCCAGCCUACUUCAAUGACUCUCAGCGACAGGCAACAAAAGAUGCUGGAACUAUUGCCGGCCUCAAUGUGCUUCGAAUUAUCAAUGAACCAACUGCUGCUGCUAUUGCUUAUGGGUUAGAUAAGAAGGUUGGAGCUGAAAGGAAUGUGCUGAUUUUUGACUUGGGAGGUGGUACUUUUGAUGUGUCAAUCCUCACUAUUGAGGAUGGAAUUUUUGAAGUCAAAUCAACAGCUGGAGACACCCACUUGGGUGGAGAAGACUUUGAUAACCGAAUGGUCAACCAUUUCAUUGCUGAGUUUAAGCGGAAGCACAAGAAAGACAUCAGUGAGAACAAGAGAGCUGUCAGGCGUCUGCGUACUGCCUGUGAACGGGCUAAGCGUACCCUCUCCUCCAGCACCCAGGCCAGUAUUGAGAUUGAUUCUCUCUAUGAGGGAAUCGACUUCUAUACCUCCAUUACCCGUGCUCGAUUUGAAGAAUUAAAUGCUGACCUGUUCCGAGGCACUCUGGACCCUGUAGAAAAGGCCCUUCGAGAUGCCAAACUAGACAAGUCACAGAUCCAUGACAUUGUCCUGGUGGGUGGUUCUACCAGAAUCCCCAAGAUUCAGAAGCUUCUGCAAGACUUCUUCAAUGGAAAAGAACUGAAUAAGAGCAUUAACCCCGAUGAAGCUGUUGCUUAUGGUGCAGCUGUCCAGGCUGCCAUUCUGUCUGGAGACAAGUCUGAGAAUGUUCAGGAUUUGCUGCUCUUGGAUGUCACUCCUCUCUCCCUUGGUAUUGAAACUGCUGGUGGAGUCAUGACUGUCCUCAUCAAGCGCAAUACCACCAUCCCUACCAAGCAGACACAGACUUUCACCACCUACUCGGACAACCAGCCUGGUGUGCUCAUUCAGGUGUAUGAAGGUGAAAGAGCCAUGACCAAGGAUAACAACCUGCUUGGAAAGUUUGAACUUACAGGCAUACCUCCAGCACCCCGUGGUGUUCCUCAGAUUGAAGUCACUUUUGACAUUGAUGCCAAUGGCAUCCUCAAUGUUUCUGCUGUAGAUAAGAGCACAGGCAAGGAGAACAAGAUCACCAUCACCAAUGACAAGGGCCGCUUGAGCAAGGAGGAUAUUGAGCGCAUGGUCCAGGAGGCUGAGAAAUACAAAGCAGAAGAUGAGAAGCAGAGAGACAAGGUUUCCUCCAAGAAUUCAUUGGAGUCCUAUGCUUUCAACAUGAAAGCAACAGUUGAAGAUGAGAAACUUCAAGGCAAGAUCAAUGAUGAGGACAAACAGAAGAUUCUAGACAAGUGUAAUGAAAUCAUCAGCUGGCUGGAUAAGAAUCAGACUGCAGAGAAGGAAGAGUUUGAACACCAGCAGAAAGAACUGGAGAAAGUCUGCAACCCCAUCAUUACCAAGCUGUACCAGAGUGCUGGUGGCAUGCCAGGAGGAAUGCCUGGGGGCUUCCCUGGUGGAGGAGCUCCUCCAUCUGGUGGUGCUUCUUCAGGGCCCACCAUUGAGGAGGUGGAUUAAGUCAAUCCAAGUAGAGGUGUAGCAUUGUUCCACAGGGAAACAAUUGAAGGACCCAAAUUUAGCAAGUUUCAUAGCAGUUUUAAAUUUAAGCUGCUACAAUAAAUUACUGGGCAUUCUCAAUACUUGAACACGGAACAUGUGCACAGGGAGAGGAAGUAAAUAAAACAUUGCACUUUAUAAGCACUGUAUCCUAAACGGAAAAUGCAAUGUCUAAUAAAACAGGUGGAAAAUGGAAUGUCUAAUAAAAUUAUUUAAAUUGGCACCA